AUGGCUACCGCUAUCAACCCCAGUGAAGCUGCCUUAAGCUCCACCGACGAGUGUAUCCACUGCGCUGCCUUUCCACGUAAGCUGCUUCGCCGCCGACUAGCCCGCCAGGCUAGUCUGUCCGGGGGAGACCCGCUGAUGUGUGAGACAGCUGUGCCGCAGGUAGACACGGACAUGAGAUGGACGAGGGUUGCGAAAGCCUCGCCUCGGGCAAUCCUGGGUGGAGAUGCGGAGGGUGACGGAGAUGAGUCGGCCGACUCAGAGCUCCUGUUGUCCGACGACGAAGAGGAGGACUCCAUCCUCCUUGCUAGCGACUGCGGGGCUGCAAAGCCCCCCGUCGCGGAGGGAAGCGUCCAGCUCCCACCGUCGUCUCCCACCGACCUUGACAUGCAGGACAUGGUUAAGCACGCGGCUAAUAGGCUCAGCAUCCCAUGGCCCAUCGCCCAAGCGGAGGUGGUGAAAUCACGAUUUGACGGCAAAAAACUGCCCAAAGCAAAGAAGACGGGAAAGCAAAUGUUGCCAAUUUUCCCAGAGCUUCUGGACGAGAUAGCCGUGACCUGGAAGGAGAGACCAUACAGCGAGAGACACCCGAUUGCGGGUAGCUCUCUGUUGGAUUGUGAGGGAAUGGAGACCCAUGGUGUCCGCCAAAUGCCACCCAUAGAGCCGCUGGUUGCGACCCACCUCCACCCAAAGGCCUCCAUGUCUUCUUCGGCCCCCUCUCUUCCUUCCAAGAUGGACUGCUUCCAGUCUAGCCUCACCGAUAAGGGCUACAAGGCGGCGGCUCAGUCAGUGAGAGCCCUAAAUGCCUCCUCCAUGCUAAUGGCUUUUCAAGCUGAGCUGGAAGAGGACAUGACGGCCAAACCAGAUUCCACCUUGUGGGAAGAAAUCUGCGUUAUAACGGACCGCGUCCUUCGUCUCCACAAAGUGGCCAUACAAGCUACAGGGAGAGCCAUGGGUCUCAUGGUUCUCCAGGAGAGGGCACGCUGGCUCGGGCUCAUGAAUUUGACGACCAAGGAGAAGGAGGAGCUCCUCGACACUCCGGUCGUCCCUCAGGGUGCAGCCGUCACCUCCAUGCAGAAGAGAUGUGAGGAGAAAAAGAGGGAGGAUGAGGCGCUGAGACUUUGCCUGCCACGGAGGGCUCAACGAGCCACAGCCAGUGGGGUCCAACAGCCCCACGGCCGUGACAACACAGACGGUCCAUGCGCCUCCAUGCCGCCGGUUGAAGGCUUCGGAGCGCACGGACGGGAGAGCUGGGCUGCCUGCACUCAGUCAGCAUGGGUGUUGAGAACGAUAGAGAAGGGCUACAGGCUUCAGUUCAAUAUCGCUCCACCACAGUUCAAAGAGGUGUGUUACUCUCAUGCUCAGGGCGAGUCUGCCAAUAUUCUCUGGGAAGAAAUUUCAAAUCUGAGAGAGAAAAGAGCCAUCAGAGUUGUCCCUCCAGGCGAAGCUCAGAGCGGCUUCUAAUCGAGGUAUUUCCUAGUCCCAAAGAAAGGGCGGAGAUGGAUGAGAGCCAUUUUGGACCUCCGUGCCCUGAAUUGUUAUCUAAGGAAAUACAAAUUCAGGAUGUUGACACAUACUUCUCUGCUGCGUUUCGUGCGCGCAGGCGACUGGUUCACGUCAGUCGACGUGAGGGAUGCUUAUUUCCACAUUCCCAUAUAUCCCCCACACAGAAAAUAUCUGCGUUUUGCUUUCCAGGGGACAGCCUACGAGUUUAUGGUUCUGCCAUUCGGUCUGUCACUGAGCCCAAGGGUGUUUGUAAAAUGCACCGAGGCGGCAGUAGCCCCACUCAGAGAAAGGGGGAUUCGGGUGGCCACAUACAUAGACGAUUGGCUAGUGGCAGCUCCCACUCGCCAGGAGGUGGCGUGUCACACAGGUGCUCUCACGCAGUACCUGGUGGGUCUGGGCUUUCAGAUAAAUGCAGAAAAGAGCAUGAUGACGCCCAUGCAACACAUCACCUUCAUAGGGCUCACCCUGGACUCUCUCCAGGCCAAGGUAGUUAUAUCUCCGGAAAGAGUGGAGACUAUGCAGACAACCCUGUCAAUGUUUUGAAGGGGCAACAUGGUUACACUCAAACAAUGCCAGAGGCUGCUGGGCAUGAUGGCCUCCUCUGUGGUGGCCAUACCACUGGGGCGCCUGUAUAUGAGAGGCUUUCAACGCUGGGUAGCCUCUCGAGGUCUGGACCCUCAUCGCGAUGGCCGCCGUCUAGUAAGGGUUUCCCCAGACUGCUCGCUAGCCCUGCGUCAGUGGAGAAGUCCGGGCUUUCUGACUCAGGGGGUGACUAUAGGGCCCGUCCUAGCCAGGAAGGUGAUCACCACAGAUGCUUCUCUGAUUGGCUGGGGUGCCACCCACGAGGGCAGAACAGUGAACGGGAGGUGGAACCCUCACAUGCGUUCUACCCACAUAAAUUGUCUGGAGCUGCUAGCUGUUCACCUAGCCCUAAGGCAUUUCCUCCCGUGGCUGAGUGGUCACCAUGUUCUGGUAAGGAUGGACAAUUCCAUCGUAGUGGCUUAUAUCAACAGACAGGGGGGGCUGAGGUCCCCCCAGUUACACACGUUGGCACACAGACUGAUAGUUUGGAGCAGUGUGCACCGACAGUCACUCAGAGCGACUCAUGUACCAGGAGUUCUGAAUUAUGGGGCGGAUCUGUUAUCCAGGUGCGACCCACUCUAUGCAGACUGGAAACUUCACCCCGAAGUGGUGAAGCAGAUCUGGUCACGGUUCGGGCGGGCAACCGUGGACGUUUAUGCAUCAGCAGAGAACACACAGUGCCCCCUGUUCUUCUCUCUGCACAACCAGGGAGCCCCUCUGGGGAUAGAUGCCCUGUCACAGGAGUGGCCGAGAACCCUCCUGUAUGCUUUUCCCCCGGUGGCUCUCAUUUCCCCAACUCUGGCCAGAGUGAGGGAGAGGGGUCUGUCCAUGAUCCUGGUAGCCCCGCGUUGGCCAGGGAAGCACUGGCUGGCAGAGAUUUUUCAGCUCCUGUCCGUCCCUCCGUGGCCGCUGCCACUUCGCAGGGACCUGUUGUCUCAGGGGCAGGGGGAGAUAUUCCAUCCCCACCCAGAGAGGCUAGCGCUAUGGGCUUGGCCCGUGAGUGGUUCAACCUGA